AUGUCCAAGAUCACAGUCGCCGGAGUGCGCCAGAAUGUUGAGCAGCUGCUCAACUACUCUCAGAAUGAGAAGAAGAGAAACUUCCUCGAGACCGUCGAGCUUCAGAUCGGUCUGAAGAACUACGACCCCCAGCGUGACAAGCGUUUCUCCGGCACCAUCAAGCUGCCCACCAUCCCCCGCCCCAACAUGAGCAUCUGUGUUCUCGGUGACCAGCACGAUCUCGACCGUGCCAAGCACUUCGGUGUUGACGCCAUGUCCGCUGAUGACCUUAAGAAGCUGAACAAGAACAAGAAGCUCAUCAAGAAGCUUGCUCGCAAGUACGAUGCCUUCGUCGCUUCCGACUCCCUCAUCAAGCAGAUCCCCCGUCUCUUGGGUCCUGGUCUUUCCAAGGCCGGAAAGUUCCCUACCCCCGUCUCCCACGCUGAGGACUUGGCUGGCAAGAUCAACGAGAUCAAGGCCACCAUCAAGUUCCAGCUGAAGAAGGUUCUCUGCUUGGGUGUUGCCGUCGGCAACGUUGGCAUGACCGAGGAUGAGCUCGUCGCCAACACCAUGUUGGCCAUCAACUACCUCGUCUCCCUGCUCAAGAAGGGCUGGCAGAACGUUGGUAGCCUUGUCCUCAAGGCUACCAUGUCUCCUCCCAAGCGUCUCUACUAA